AUGCUUUCGGUAGCUAUGGAAACCUAUCGUAAUGCCCCCUCCCCCCACUCGCUGCCUAUGUCUCUCUCCCUCCCACCCUCCCUCUCUCCAUCCACACCAAAGCUCUUUCGGUUACUUUGCGCAUGUACGGCCAGUCAAAGCGAGCAUUGCAUCGACUCCAAGAUGGCGAAAACACGUCUGGCUUGUCUCCUGACUCUCCUCUCAACUCACUGCUACUUCAGCGUAUUAGCAGUCGUGCUGAAAACCAGCAACGAAGCACCGUGGACCGAUGAGUUCGACAGAAUCGAGUUAUCUUGUUUGAUUGAGUCCAUUUCUACAUCCAACCCCAGGAUCGAAUGGAAGAAAAUAACGAACGAGGGACCAAGUUAUGUGUACUUUGACAAGAAAAUCUCCGGCGACCUGGAGAACCGAGCGAUGAUCAGAGAACCCGCCACGCUGCUCAUCACCAACGCCACCAGGUCGGACACGGCCAAAUACCGCUGUGAGGUCACCGCUGCUGAUGACCAGAGGUCCUUCGAUGAGAUCGUGAUUGACCUUGUUGUACGAGUAAAACCCGUGAUGCCAAAAUGCAGCGUCCCAAAGUCAGUGCCUUUUGGGAAGUCUGCUGAGCUGAGCUGUGUGGAGGAGGAGGGCUUCCCCAAGUCUCAGUACCAGUGGUUCAAGAACAAGGAGGAGGUCCCCGACGACCACAAGACCAGCCUCAAGUUCUUCAACUCCUCGUACACGCUGGACGCAGACUCAGGAACUCUGCAAUUCAUCGCGGUCAGAAAAGAAGACGCAGGCGAGUACUUCUGUCGAGCGAAGAACGAUGCGGGAUACGCUGAGUGUCCGCCGCAGCAGAUGGAAGUCUAUGACAUUGAUGUUUUGGGCAUUUUAAUGGGCGUGCUGGUGGUGGUCAUCGUGCUCAUGAGUAUAACAGCGGGGAUCUGCUGUGCAUACAAGCGAGGAUACUUCUCCACCCAGAAACAGACGGGGAACAACUACAAGGUUCCAGCUAAAGGAGACGGAGUGGACUACGUCAGGACGGAGGACGAGGGGGAUUUCCGACAUAAGUCUUCAUUUGUGAUCUGAAGAGAGGCUGACGAGGCUGUGCUGAGGGAUGGAGGACGGCCCCCCCGCUGUGAGACACGGAGAGACCCCUCCUCCACUCCCAGCUCUCAGCACCACGGAAACACAAAUACUCAAGUUUGCCAAAGGUGACGAGACUUCACAGGACGACAAUACUGUUACACACGUAGGACUGAGAUUCAUUUGUCAUCACCACCAACUGAAUUGUUUUGCUAAAUAAUGGAGUUGUUACUUUACAGUGACUGCAUGGUUUUAAACACUGAGCGAGGUGGACAAACAUUUCUGUGUUCUGCCGGGUAGAAAGACUCCAAAUUCAGCCAAUCAUGAAACCUUUCUACUUAUGCUUCAAAACUUUUGUCAUUUGUAUAACAUUUCUUUUCUACUGUUGAAUUUUGUCAGACUAUUUUUGAUGGAAUAUAUUUUAAAAUGCCUAUAGACAAAGGUUUACUUUUUUAAAUAUUUGUAAAAUACUAACAUGUGGUGUUUUUUUUUUUUAUUUGAUUGUGGAUAGAAUUAUGUUAACCACUUUGCAUCAAGCUGUAAGCAUUUACACCUUUGCAAAUGGAAGAAAGAAAUGACUUGUGUCAGCAUAUCGAGAAGUGGUCAUUGAUCGGCGGUCUUACAUAUUUAAUUUCUGAACGCCCACUCUGUCGUUUGAGACUUCCAUGUUGAUGUUUGUAGAUAGUCUUAGUAAGAGGCUUUGAAGAGUGCCAGUCAAACGCUGUGAACACUGCACACAAUCAGUGCUGCAUUCUCUUGUUUUAAGUGUCCUUCUAUGCUUGCUGUUAAUCUUGUAUAUAUUGAAUUUACUGUCCAGGAAAGAGUUUUGCUUACAUUCAGUAUUACGCUAUAAUAAUAAUAAUAAUAUUAAUCAUAAUAAUGCAGGGUUUGUAAGCCAGCCCUCCAGACUCCAAAAAGCUAAAACUAGACUUGGUACUUAAACAGUAUACAGUGUAAAAGCCUCCAUUUGAUUUCUGAAUAGAAACACAUGGAUACGGAGAACAAAAAACGUUAUGACUCGCCUAUUCUUGAGCUGCAAAGGUACCAAGAACAUGAGAGAAAAUACUCGCACUACAUAAAAAAAACAUAGAGUGGUGCAGGAGCAAGUAUUUUUGUUGGUUUUACCAAUAAGUUAGCAUCGCAAGGGCUACCCAAUAAAAAAACAACAUGACUUUUCCAUUUGAUUUUGGAAUAUUGCAGAAAAUAAGCUCUGUGGCAAACACACCUUUUAUGAUGCUUCCAUGUUGUGUUCAGGAUAAUCUCUCUGUCUAUCCUCAAAGAAUAAUCGUCCCAGUGAUCCGAACUGCUGCUGGAAAGUUAGAAAAAUAGAAAAAAUCAGGAGAAAAGGCAGACCGUUGGUGGCAAAACUUCACAUCCCCACUUUAGCUGAGCUAAAGGCGGCUAAUGUUCGGUGUGAUGCUGUAAGUAGUAUUUAGUAACGUAAGUAAAGUAGUUAAAUUGUGUUAACCACAGACCUUACCAAAAACACAUUAAAAAAAACUUUAACUUUGUGAAAACAAAACCAAAAGUAGUAAAAUGCUAACUCAUUUCCGGGUUUUAGGACUCAUUCCUGCACCACUCUAUGAGAUGAAGCACAUUAAACACACUAUCUUUGACCUGAAUCCUGGUUGAUAUUGAUCUGUUCUGAUCGUUGCUGAUAUUUGUGCUGUUUAGAGAGUAGACCUUAUCUAACACUUCUAACCUUUAGUUAGUUGCUAAGAGAGAUCAUCUUAGGUUUGACUGAAGCUCAUAUUGUAUUGACAGUUAUAUACAGAGGGGGGGGGGGGGGGGGUCUGGAGGGUUUACACUUGUACUGAUUGUAUAUAGAUAUUUGUACGUUUUUUUUCCUCUUUCUCUCCAGAUUAUGUUAAGUAGUGAAAAAAUGUCCUUUUUGAGGCGAUAUGAAAACUCUUUCCAUUUGUAAGACUGAGAAAAGGUAACAUUUCACACAAUCACUCAUAACUCAUGAACAAGAGCUUCCCCAGAACCAAAUCAGAUAAAACAAACACAUGAUAUUGUUCAUGUCAUUUCCAUACAGCUCCCAUGGAUCUCUUUUUCAGCCGUUAUGAAUGUUUGAGUAGUGAAAUGUGACCUGAGUAUCAGUCAUGGUAGAGACGAUCUGCCCAACGUUUGCACACGGGAAGAAGAAACACUGCUGUCUUUUUCCAAGUUGCAAAAGAAAAUGUUUCGAAAUGACUUAUUAUCCCGAUUAGGGUCCCAGCUGAAUCUGUUACAGGUACUUUUCCCCUCCUCAGUUUUACAAAAGUCAUUCCUCUUAAGUGCCUUCUGCCUUCACAGUAGUCCAGAUUCUCCUCGCCACGCUCUUCCACUCCACACUGCUGUCAGAGGCUUUGCGUGUUGCGUUCACGUAACCACCAAAGAAACGGCGUUUGAGAGGAAUGAUGACAUGGCAAGAUCUCCACUCCCCUACUUUAGAUUUGCAAAUUGUAAAUAGCUUUUUUUCAUAGAGUUGAAGGUGUUGAUGUAGAAAUAGAAUUGUAUUAGUGCCUAAAUAUAGUGGGAAUUAUUUUUGGUAAAGACACAUAGCACUAUUAGGCAAAAGAAAAAGAUGGAUACCCAAAGCAGGGACAUUUAUAUAUGAGCUUAAAACACGUUUGAAAAGACGCACUAAGGUGUUUUCAUUUAUUACACUGACAGACAGAAGACUUUCUCACCCCAACACUCAAUGAUCCUGACUCAGAAAUUAUGAAAGUGCCAUUCAGUUGUAAUGGAACUGUAAUUAUUCAGGCGUUUUAUAAACCUGUAGAGGCAAACGGGAAUUAAUGAGCAGCCGCUAAAUGUAGGCCUCCAUGCCCCCCCAGCCUGAACACAUCUGUCUGAUCGGUGCUGGGGGGGUUAUCUUCACAUGCAGAGGUGCUUUCCAGUGUGUUCUGUAUUAUAAACCGGGCUAACUCACCAUUGUCUUUCAACUGAGGUAUGGCAGCGCUCCACUGUUAAACUGUUACACUCUGAGCUCUGGUACUCGUCAGGAAAAAUGAUUUUCUGAACCAAACUCACAUACAGUAGAAUGUCCAUUUGGGGCCUGCUGGGUUUUUUUUGUUCAUUUUAGAGCCACUCUAUCUGUGAUUAAUAAAACUCACUUCUAAUAUUACCGGA